AUGGCAGCUCCGGUGGCCGAAGAAUCCAAUUUUCCCCUACAAAAUUCCGAUCUCCACCUGCAUAAGAGCAUUUAUGAUUCUGAUGAACACGAUUUCACUAUCUCCCAAUUGGCUGAAACUAAAACCUCUCUCCCUAACACUCCGCCUCCUCCCUCCUCAACUUCUUUAUUGGGCAAACGAAGAAAGUUUAAGCCGGUCAGAUAUGGCGUUUCUACAGGUGAAAUCAAUGCGGAAAAGAUACAUCCAAAACCUAAUAUCGUAAUCACCGAUCCUUCCAGUAAUUGUUCGAGCUCCUCAAAAUGCUCUAAAUCUCCUGUUGAAAUCACUCCUGCGAUGAUUCUAGCUGAAGAGAUUCAGUCAACCCUAGGAAGCGAACAUCCCAGCUGUAUAAAAUUGAUGGGGAAAGCACAUGUUGGUUCUGGUUAUUGGAUGAGCUUUCCACAGCCAUUCAGCAAGCUGUUUUUACCAAAAACAGACAGUGAUAUGAUCAUUGAAGAUGAAAAGAAGAAGCUACAUCAUAUCAAAUUCAUUGCUCACAAGAAUGGACUUAGUGCAGGGUGGAAAAAGUUUGCAAGUAGACAUAAUUUGCUUGAAGGGGAUGUUUUAAUCUUCCAGUUAAUCGAACAAUUUAAAUUUAAGGUUUAUAUAAUUAGGGCGAAUGAUAUGAACAAAGAAGAUGGUGGUCUUAGCCUUUUGGAGUUGGAGGCACAAACAGAAAACACAAUUCCAGAAACGGAUACAACAUUUACCACAACAAAGAAAAUCAAGCGUCAGAGAUCACCAACUCCACCACUAAACGACACCGAAGAGGUUGAGUCAGAAGUUCUAGAAGGUUCUAGACCCUCAAAACCAAACAUUCCAUCUACCUUCCAAGAUUUCCACAUCAUGGUCAAAGGUCAAUGCAUUGACUCGGAGCUUCCGGAAGAUGUAAGAAUGAGCUACCACAAUCUAUGUAACAGCCGUAAAGAGUUGCUUCAUGAUUGUCUUUCGGAAGAUUUGUAUGACAAGUUGGUAGUGGGGAUGAUUGGGGAAACUGUAAAAAUUGCAAACAAGAUCAAGAAGUGCAAGGUCACAGUAACUAAGGAGGAAUUCGGUGUAUGGGAUAAUUCCUUGAAAUCGUUUGAAUUUUUGGGGAUGAAAGUUGGGUUUUUACGGGAGAGAAUAUGUAGACUUUCAAGAUUUGUGUUGGAAGCGGAAGGUAGGUUUGAUUUUGAAAAGUAUAAUGAAGCGAAGAUUGAAAAGAAAAGAAUUGAAGAUGAGAUUGUGGGGUUGAAGGAGAGAUGUGGAAAGUUGGAUGUGAUUGUGGGUGGUUUAAAAGAGAAGGUUGGGAGGCAUGAGGUGAAGUUUCAAGAAGAGGUUAAUGCACCAUGGUAG